GGCAGCUGAGGCGCCAGAGAGGAAGUUCCGGCGGCGGGCGAGGCCCGGGAGCCGGGGGGCGGCAGGCGGCGGGCGGCGGGUGGCGGGUCUGCGCGUUGCAAGCCUGGCCGCGGUCCCAGGAAAGGAGGCGGCGGCGAGCAGGGUCGAGUGCGGCCAGCCCUGAGCGCGCGCCCUUUGUGAGCGAGCGCUCGCCGUCUGGGGAGCGUCCCGACCAGGGCUCCCAGGCGCAGGGCCCGGGCUCGCCUAGCUGCUCUUCGGCGGGCCGCGCCUCUCGUCUGGCAGCCAGCCUGCCUCUCGGGAUGGACGAGGAGAGCUUGGAGACGGCCCUCCAGACCUACCAUGGCCAGCUGCGGCAAGUGGAGCUGGCCCUGGCUGCGGGCCUGGACGCCUCUGAGCAGGCGGACCUGCGCCAGCUGCAGGGCGACCUGAAGGAGCUGAUCGAGCUCACCGAGGCCAGCCUGGUGUCUGUCAGGAAGAGCAAGCUGCUGGCCACGCUGGACCCGGAGUGCGCCCCCCGGGAGGACGCCGAGUACCUGGCGUUCCAGGAGGCCGCUGCCGAGGGCGUGGAGGUGCCCGCCGCGCCCCGGCCAGACCUGGAGACCGGCCCUGAGAGAGAGGCAGGACCAGAACCCGCUGGACCUGGGCGGGAGGAGGAGGAGGAGCAGGAGGAAGAGCUGAACGGGGCGAAGGUGAGCGCCCCCUACUACAGUGCGUGGGGCACCCUGGAGUAUCACAAUGCCAUGGUGGUGGGCAGCGAGCAGGCAGAGGAUGGCACGGCCUGCGUCCGCGUGCUCUACCUGUACCCCACUCACAAGUCCUUGAAGCCGUGCCCGUUCUUUCUGGAGGGAAAGUGCCGCUUCAAGGAGAACUGCAGGUUCUCCCAUGGGCAGGUGGUCUCUGUCGAUGAGCUGCGCCCCUUCCAGGACCCAGACUUGAGCUUGCUGCAGGCUGGCUCUGCAUGUCUGGUCAAGCACCAAGAUGGCCUUUGGCACCCGGCACGAAUCACUGAUGUGGACAGUGGCUACUACACAGUCAAGUUUGACUCGGUGCUUCUGAAAGAGGCCGUGGUGGAGGGAGACAGUAUCCUGCCCCCACUUCGGACAGAGGCUGAAGAGUCCUCUGACUCAGACAGUGGUGAUCUGGGUGGCUCCAGUUAUGCCAGAGUAGUGGAAUCAGGCACUGCAGACACCAGGACCUGUAACUCCGCCUUUGCCGGCUGGGAGGUACACACACGUGGAAUUGGCUCUAGACUCCUCGCCAGGAUGGGGUAUGAGUUUGGCAAAGGUCUGGGCCGACAUGCAGAAGGCCGGGUGGAGCCCAUCACUGCCGUGGUGUUACCUCGUGGAAAGUCACUAGAUCAGUGUGCAGAGAUCCUGCAGAAAAGGACCAAGGAGGGGCAGGCUGGUGCCAACAGGCCCCCAAGGUGCCAGAGGAGGAAGGGUAGGCCUAUGAGCCACCCACGCCCUCAGAAUGUAUUUGACUUCUUGAAUGAAAAGCUGCAGAGCCAGGCUCCUGGUACUCUGGAGGCUGGGGUGGAUCCCCCUGGUGGGAGGAAAAGCAAGGACAUAUACCACGCCAGCAAGAGUGCCAAGCAGGCCCUGAGCCUGCGGCUCUUCCAGACUGAGGAGAAGAUUGAGCGGACCCAGCGGGACAUCCGGGGCAUCCAAGAGGCCCUAACUCGGAAUGCUGGCCGGCACAGUGUGGCAGCAGCCCAACUGGAGGAGAAGCUGGCGGGAGCCCAGCGGCAGCUGGGGCAACUCCGGGCUCAGGAGGCAGGCUUGCAGCGGGAGCAGCGGAAGGCAGACACCCACAGGAAGAUGACAGAAUUCUAGAGGCCUUGCAGACCCCACGGACAGAGCCCUGGCUGCCUCAGCAGGAAGACCAGCCAUCAUCCUGACACUCUGAAGGACCAGCCCACUCUCAGACUGCCCCCAUUCAGCCUUGCUAACCUGGAGCAUGUGGACGGUGCUGCAGAGAUGGGCCAGGAUCACUUCUAGACACUUGCCCACCAAGCCCACCUGCCAGUGUCUUGGGGCAUCUUCCUACCAAGGACAUUAAAGUGAUUUUAUUACUGUGUCACUCAGUGGAGACUCAGCUGGCUGCAGGGUCUCAGGGGAGAGAGGGGCCUACACAGGAUUGUGACCACAGACAGGCUGGGCUGGAGGAACCCAAAGGAGGCCACUGUUCCUGCCCAGGGUCACAGGAUCCAGGAAAGCAGCAUUUUCCUUUCCUUCCCUUCUCUGACCCAGCCAGGGAAGAGCCUAGAAUGUCCCAUGGCUCCCAGCUAGAGGAGUAGAGAUGGGCCCUUGGACAGUAGAGUUGAUGAGGCAGGUUUGGGGGUCUUGGAGUUCAGGGCCAGUGCUUAGUGGCUGCUGAUCAUCCACUUGACCCACUGUCUACCCUGUCAGUCCUGGCCCCCAUCCGGUACUGAGAGGACAUGAGUUAGGCUUUCAUGUGGCUUGUGAAACAGUGGCUUGUGGCACAUAGUCACAGCUACAUUUUGGGUGGGGCUGUAGCAAGUAGAUGAGGCUGAGUGGUAGUUACAGCAGAAGCAGCCGCAACUGAGGGUUGAGUAGCUGGUGGAAGGUCCUGAGGCGGGCAGAAGUGAGGUGAGGAUCUCACUAAGGACCCACAGAAGACUUUUCUGGCUGCCCCAGACAGGGCCAAGGAAGAGCUGUGCUGUGGCCUUGGUA